AUGAGCGACGAGCCCAACACGCGCCGAGGCAAGAAGAGCGACAAGGCGCGCCGCAACUUUGAGCUCAACGGCAAGUACAGUGCCAAGCACGUGCGCCAAAUGAACGCCGCCACGCAGUCGUCCGACCAGCCAGUGACGCCGACGACGGCGCCCGCAAAGAAGCGUCGCUUUGCCGCCGAUCGCGACGCCUGGAAGGAAUCCACGGAGCUUGUCAUCAUGUGCCUCACCCGCGGCCACAAACGCCCCCGCGCGACUACAGAAGAGCAAGAUGCACCCCCGCGCCGCCGCCUGCGCAGCCACGGCCCGGUGAACGAAUGA